AUGCGGCGAAACCGUGGCUUGCUGACAAGUGUCGUUGCUUGCUUGACAAUUUUCUUCAUCGUUUUCAACUCGAAAUCAACGAUAGAGAUCGCGAACGAUUCGGCAAGUGGCAUAGAAAAGCCUUACGUUCGAGAGCAGGACGUUCGUAAAGAUCAGAAAUAUCGAUACGUUACACCGUCCCUUGCGGAACUGGCUGCCCGUGGAAAUUUACCAAAAUCGAACGAGCAUAUUUUAAUGUUAACACGUGUGCCUGAAGCUGGCGGGGAAUUGUUCGUUUUGAUUCUGCAGCGUUUGCAGGGUUACAAUGCGUUCAAGCACAUACGAUUACCACCCGGUGAUCAUGGACUUUUAUCAAGUUUGCAAGAGGAACUGCUAGUCGAGGAAAUUAGCAAUAUCAUAAGACAGGAAGCUAUACCACUGAGUUUCGACGGAGACGUUAGGUUUUUCAAUUUUUCAAAGUUCGGAAGACAGUCUCCUUCGUUUAUCUCUCUAGUGAGAAAUCCUGUAGGUGCGCAUAAUUUGCAGAGGUAUCGCGAAAGGCGAAGAAAUACUCCCGAAGGUAGAGCCAUACCUAUGUUUUGUGGGCAAGAUCCACGAUGCACAGAGGUGAAUAGUAAAUGGGCAUUGGAACGGGCUAAAACGAAUAUUAUCGAAUGGUAUCCCGUGGUCGGGGUGUUGGACUGCUUGGAGCAGUCGAUUGACCUAUUCGAACGUAAAUUUCCAUAUUUUUUCCGCGGUGCUAAACAGAUUUAUCAGAAAAUUCAGCUGAAAAAGAAACGCUUGUCCGAUCCUACGCUUGCGCUAAAAUCUCAAGAAAGGUAUACUUUCUAUAAAUAUUUCGAGGACGAAGUGGAAUUUUACGAAUGGAUAAAAAUUCGACUAUUAAACGCGACGUUGAUCGACAUCGAGGAAAAUUAUUAUUCGUGA